GAGCCCGCGCACCCGGAGUCUGGGAGGGCCCGAACGGCGCCAGGCCCGCCGCGCCACAACUUGCCCAAACCAGACAAGCUUCAUUCUGCGCCCUGGAAGAAGGAGCCGGCCCGCCGCUUCCCGCUCGGCUGCUCCUCGGCCUCGGUGGGCCCCGCCUGCGCCAGCAGCGUUUCUGGGGUCUGGGUCCCCAGCGUCGCCCCCGUCCUCCUGCAGCGCCCGGCGCCCGCCAAGGAGCGCGCAGCUGGGGUGCUGAGGACAUAACGGUGAGCAAGAGAAAUCACGGCCCUUGUUCCCGCUGAUCCUGCAGCCCAGUGGAUGGAGCCCACAGUCCACAGACCUGCCAGGAAAGAAAAAAAAUUUCCUGAUGGUUGUUCCAAGCAGGGACUCCCCCGUGGAUUGAGGAAUGUGUGGCUUUUCCUCAGCUCAUUGAUCUCUGUGGUAGCCACAGGCAGCACCCAAAGGACCCCAAGAAUGAGAGGCCUGUGGUCUGCAAGUUGCUGCUAGAGAUAUUUUAGCCUCUCCAGAUAACAGAAUGCAACUGCCACACAAGUUCCUAAGGGCCCUGGGCGCACGCUGACAGCUCCCGGGCAGGCGCGCCCUUCGCUCCAGGUCCAGGCGGGGGCGCUGCCAUAGCAACGGCCUGGACGCCCGGACCUUAGGCCGCCGCCGCCGGAGACCCUGCCAUCUCCCGCUCCCGAGGGGUGGGGCGGCGGCGGCCCGGGCAGGGUAGACGGGACUGCCCGCUCCUCGGAUGCCAGCGGAGGCGGCGGAUUUGCUUCCAAGCAUGCCCUUCCAGAAGCACGUCUACUACCCGCUCGCCAGCAGCCUGGAGGGUCCCGACGGCCCCGCAGCUGCCUCGGCCGCGCGAUCCGCGAUGGCCAGUGCCCCCCACAGCGCGGCGUCGGGCCCCCUGCCCUUCUUCCAGUUCCGGCCGCGGCUGGAGAGCGUGGACUGGCGGCGGCUGAGCGCCAUCGACGUGGACAAGGUGGCGGGGGCCGUGGACGUGCUGACGCUGCAGGAGAACAUCAUGAACAUCACCUUCUGCAAGCUGGAGGAUGAGAAGUGCCCGCACUGCCAGUCGGGAGUGGACCCGGUGCUGCUGAAGCUCAUCCGCCUGGCGCAGCUCACCAUCGAGUACCUGCUGCACUCCCAGGAGUUCCUCACGUCGCAGUUGCACAACCUGGAGGAGCGCCUCCGCCUGAGCAUGGCCGAGGGUGAGCAGAACAAGAAGCUCCUCGCCAAGCAGGCUGGGGAGAUUAAGUUACUCAAGGAAGAGUGUAAACGCAGGAAAAAGAUGAUCUCGACCCAGCAGCUGAUGAUCGAGGCCAAAGCCAGCUAUUACCAGUGCCAUUUCUGUGACAAGGCCUUUAUGAACCAAGCUUUUCUACAAAGUCACAUUCAGCGCCGCCACCCCGAAGAUUCUCAUCUCGAGUAUAAGAAAAAGGCACAGACUGAUAAGCUCCAGAGUGAGAUUGAUAUGCUGAAGGAGCAGCUGCAGCUCACCAGGUCUCAGCUGGAGGCUGCACAGCACGCCCACGCUGUCAGGGUCUCUAAGGAAUAUGAAAUGCAAAAAACAAAAGAGGAAGAAUUUCUGAAGUUAUUUGAUAGAUGGAAAGAAGAAGAAAAAGAGAAACUAGUUGGCGAAAUGGAAAAAGUCAAGGAAAUGUUUAUGAAAGAGUUUAAAGAAUUGACUUCCAAGAAUUCAGCAUUAGAAUAUCAAUUGUCAGAAAUCCAGAAGUCCAACAUGCAGAUCAAGUCCAACAUAGGCACGUUAAAGGAUGCACAUGAAUUUAAAGAAGAACGUCCUCAGUAUCCCCAGGAUUUCCAAAAUGUGAUGCAACUUCUUGACAGUCAGGAAAGCAAGUGGACGGCCCGAGUUCAAGCUCUUCAUCAAGAACACAAGAAAGAGAAGGGCCGGCUCUUGUCACAUAUAGAGAAACUUCGAACCUCCAUGAUAGACGAUCUCAAUGCAAGCAAUGUUUUCUACAAGAAAAGGAUAGAAGAGCUAGGGCAGAGACUCCAGGAACAGAAUGAACUGAUUAUCACGCAGAGACAACAGAUUAAAGAGUUUACCAGUAAACCAUUAAACAGCGUCAGUGAACCCAAAGGGACUCCUUCAACUCGGCAAACUUUUGAAUCUAAGCCAACUGCCCCAGCUGUACCUAUGAGUGCCUCAGCCGCACAGACUGUGGAUGCUAAAUCAGGUCUCACAAUGGCACAUGAACAGGCAUUCUCAUCGCACAUACUGGAACCAAUAGAAGAGCUUUCAGAGGAAGAAAAAGGAAGGGAGAAUGAACAGAAAUUAAAUCACAACAAGAUCCACUUAAGGAAAGCUUUGAAGAGUAACCCCUCCCUCAUGAAGGAAAUAAGGAGUGUCUUGGAGCAGAGUUUGCUAGAGAAACUGGAAACCUUUGGGAUUAAUGCGGAUAUACGUGGAAUUCCAAGCGAUCACUUCAGUAGGGUGCUAAGAACUGUGGAAUCAGCGAGACAUGAACGAGAAAGACAAAUACCCAACAUUCAGAAAAUUCGAGAAUUCCUUGAAGAUGAGGUCAGCUGUAAAAUUGAGGAGAGAACCUUACUGUCCUCAGAUAAGUACAGUGCUCCUCCUCAAGUGGAUACCCUUUCAAAUGGAGAAAUACCCAAGGCGGUACAGCUUCCUCCCAGAAGCAGACAGCUGAUAAGACAAAGACCUGUUUUUACCGAUAGGACGUCUGUCCCAAAAGUUAAGAAAAAUAUCACAGAAGAUCAUUUUCCCAGAAAAUCUUCAACUAUUACAUUUACUAUAAGUCAAAAGCAUUUAUCACCUUGUGGCCCCACUAAGAAGUGGGACCGCUGCCCCAUGUCAUUUCCAUUAUUCCCCACCGUGUCCUGUGCGGAUGUGGAGGAUGAUGACUGGGACAUAUCCUCCAUAGAGGAGGAAAGAUCUCUGGGGAAGAAAACUGGGAGAGAACAGAGGGAACCUCUACCUGUGAAGAAUGAGUCAAAUUCUACUCAAGUGCCAAGCGCCUGGGGUGCGUCUAAUCCGAAGGGGCCAAAAGGAGAAGGACUUCAAGAUGAAUCCAGCACGCUGAAAAGCAGCUUAGUAACUGUGACUGAUUGGAGCGACUCUUCAGAUGUAUAACCACAGCCUCAGAGUCAGAAGGUGCAGAUGCCAAUGGGAUUCCAGUAAUCUGCCCACAAGAUUCUAGCGCUCCUGCCUUACAGUAUUUCCCACAGUAACAAGGAAGCUGAUUCAGAGAACAAGGGUCUCUUUAACAGCACCUAAUUCAGUAUUGAAAAACAAAUUGUCAACAGUAUUUUGAAGCAUAUAGAGGGUGUUUAAGACUUCUGCUGCUUAAAAUUAAUAUAUCAUUUUAAGUCAUAAAAAGUUUUUUCUUCAGAACGGUACUCUAGUGUUUAAGUGUAUUUUUUCAACUAAUUUUUAAGUGAAUUUUUUUUAAACUUAUAGGUUUUGGUUUGAAUUAAAAACUUUUUUUUUAUAUGUUUCUUAUGUGCGUUAUCACACUGGAAGUGUUUUAUUACAAAAUUCUGUUAGUAUGCUUAAACUUGAAUUAGUGAAAUCAAUGAAAUCUUAAGAGUAGAUUGGUUAUUUUUCAUAUAGAAAUAAGUUUAGAAUUAUAAAAAUAUAGCUAGGCCCAUAUUAAAUACCUUUUCCAGAAGUAUGUGUAUCAUACGCCACUUGGAGCCGUUGUAAGCAUGUUGUAUUAAACAAUUAUUUUAGAACAUUAAAUACCAUUUCUGCAGUAUAAUCUUUGCCUUGGACAUUUUUAUGAAGAAAAUGUAGCUGUUUUCAAUCAGAAUCCGAAUAGAAAAGAUUGAGUCAUUACUGAA